AUGACUGAUGUGGAGCCUGUUGUCACAGAUUUUGUCUCAUCGGGACGGACAGGCCGCAGAAAUGCCUUACCUGAUAUCCUGGGAUCUCCAACAGGAGCCAGUUCAGCUGAUUUACCACAGAAACUCUCAACGCUAUCGCUGAACAUAGAUGAAGGAGAAGAAAGAAAGACAUCUCCAAGUGAAGCACCACCCAAAUCCCCAGAAUGUGAAGAUAAGAAUGAUGCAUUGUAACUGAUCAGCUAACUGCAAUGAUUUUCAUGGGGCACCAAGGAGCCCAGAUUUAAACAAAAGCUUAAAACCAGGGAUUGCAACUUGAAGUUGAAGCAACCUCGAUAUUUAAUUCUGUUGUGUCAGCAGGGAGAAAUUAGAUUGAAUACUCAAAUAAAAUUUGAACGACCCAUUGCUUCUAAUUUCUAUAUCUUUUUUGUUCAUGCCAUUUAUCAAGACGCUGAUAUGAUCUAUUCAAAAUAUAUUUAUAUAACUAACCCAAUAUCUGAGAGAUGUGGGUAGAAUGUGGGAUUUGCAAUGUAAUUUUUUAAAGUCUCAGAAGGUUUACUUUCCGAUCAGAAUUUUAGCAAUAGUUGCCUGAAAAUGUCAGUAAUGCCUGAUAAACCUAUUUUAAUGCCAUUUGCUACUUAUUGUCCUAGCUAGUGUUGAACUGUCUUUAGUAUUCUUAAAUUUCAGCCUCCAAUGUUUCACUGGACAGUAACUGAUAAAAACUGCUGUUAGUUUGUAUGGCAUUUGUUUAAAAAAAACUUUUAGAUGUGAUUAUUUUAAUAUAAAAUUUCCUUUUGAAAUGAACUCUGCUAUUUCUGUGUCAUUCUUAAAAAUGUCAUAAAACUAUGAAUGUAAUUAUAAAGGUCAUAUACCAACUGAA